GAACAAUCCAAAUGACAGCCCUACCUUAGUUUAAAGCUAGGUUCUCUUUUCUGUUUAUUAUGGAUCUUUGAUAAGAAAUACAAUUGCUGAGAAGUCUGUUUUGCUUGCUGUUUGCUAUGAGCAUUGUGAGACCUUUCCUGAAUGUAACCCGCUGUGUAGUAGAAUGGGUUGUAAACCUUCCUAAAUGUAAUGGAAUGAGUGGUUGUACAUAAACUAACCGGCGUUUCUCGCUUCUGUAAACCUGCUUGCUUAGCACAUUCCUCACCUAUCCCCUUCCCCUUUUUUUUUUCUCUCUCCCACCACAAGUAACAGACAAAGGACGCCCAAUCAGAAAACCACAAAUGUCCUUACUUUAGAAUUUACCUAUCAGGACCCUCACUCACCUAUGCUGUUUGUCCCUGUCUAUAAAAACCCUAUACCAACUCUGAUCGGGGCCUCUGUGUGUCACCGGCAACGAGUGCGCAGAGGUCCAGGUUCGAACCUGCAAUAAACGACCCUUGCCGCUUGGCUUUGACUCACGACUCUGGUGGUCUUUUGUGGGAGGUUUUAGAACAUCGGGCAUUACAUUUGGAGGUCCCACCGAGAUCUCCCCCGAGCUCACCAGACUUCUGAUCAAUGGGUCGUAUCUGAUUCCGAUCGGUAAGUAAGCCGGCUCUAACGUUCUUCCUUUUCUCUCUAAUCUGUGCUUCUUCUCUGGAGAACCGGUUCUGUCUGGAAGCUGGUGUGACCCUGGCGGACGCGCUAUAGGGCACCCAGCCGGGGUCAGUUGGAGACGUCCACUGACAUCUGGGGCUCUUUGGCCCAUCUGGGGACCAGGUUGGUCCAUCUGGGGCUGUUUGGCCCAUCUGGGGACCAGGUUGGUCCAUCUGGGGCUGUUUGGCCCAUCUGGGGACCAGGUUGGUCCAUCUGGGGCUGUUUGGCCCAUCUGGGGACCAGGUCGGUCCAUCUGGGGCUCCUUGGCCCAUCUGGAUUCUUUUCUGGGGGCUGUUUACGCCCAACGCGCCUGCGAACUAAAUACUUUCAUUUUCUUUAUGAACCUCCAGAGUGCUAAAAAUAUCUCUAGGCGUCUAAAAAAAAAAGAAGAAAAACCAUCUAGGCAUGCCAAUUAUUACCGGUAUUUUGAUGUGAUGUAUGUCUGUGUGUCUGUCUGUUGAAUGGAAUGAUUGUUGGGAGUCAGGGGCACGCGCCUGACUUACCCUAUGUGUAGUCCCACAGCAUAAGCUACGGGAUUCGAGUGGGCUCUAACCCGAUUUCCGCGGUGAUCCUCAUACGGCUUAAGGCGGUCAAAAUCUUUUUGAUCCGAGCAGGGGGUUUAUACCUGCCCGCCCAUGCUAAGAGGCACCUAAGUUCCCGCGAGGGACGGACGGGCGAGUACGCGAGUGCUUCUUUGUCAGUCUAAAGAGUGCUUCUUUGUCAGUCUAAAUGUAUUGUCACCCCGGGGCCCUUGUAAAUACCGCCGUAACCCUCUCUGUCGGGCUAGCCAAGAAAGUUGGAACCGCUGCGAAAGAUUUUUGUUAGUUCUUGUUUUUCUUUCAUAGGUCGGAUGUUUUAUUGGAAUUAAGUGUUUUCUCGGCUGAUCAGAAUUAAUUAUUCCAUCCUUUGUUUCUCUCUCCUCCUUUCUCAGCUCCCUGCGGCUUUCCUUCCUGCCCCCUGGCCAGCGGCGCCCCCCCCCCUUUCUCCUCUCCUCUUCCUCAGAAUUAUAAUAUGGGCCAAACGCAGAGCACCCCUCUCUCCCUCCUCCUCGCCAAUUUCAGGGACGUAAAAGCUAGAGGACACAGCUUAAGCCUAGACAUUCACAAAAGGAAGUUAAUUACCUAUUGCCGCUCUGAAUGGCCCACCUUUGGGGUUAAUUGGCCUACAGAGGGAACCUUCUGCCUCCCUGUGGUCCUUAAAAUAAAAUCAAAAAUUUUCCUACCAGGGAAAGAAGGUCACUCGGAUCAGAUUCCCUAUAUUCUGGUGUGGCAAGAUUUAGUAAAAAAACUCUCCCAAGCCGCCAACUCCAGCUGCACCCUUUGAUCUCCCCGACAACCAAGAUUUACCUUUCCUUGACCCUCCCCCUUAUCAGGUUCUUCCUCGCACUCCGCAAGCUGCCCUUAUCCCUGCUGCGCCGGCAGAGCCUCCCAUAGCCCAGCCCAUAGGAGAACUGGAGAAUAGGGAGGCUCAACCCGCGCCCAUGCCUAGUGGGGGCAAAGUCCAAGGGCCGGCUGGACAUACCCGUAGGCGGGCCCCACGUGAGCCAGGACUCCGCCUUCCUGACUCCACCGUAGCUUUACCCUUACGGGAAAUAGGGCCUCCCGAUGAUACGGGGAAUCCCCGACUUCAAUACUGGCCCUUCUCUACUAGUGACCUAUAUAACUGGAAAACCCAGAAUGCCCGAUUUUCUGACAACCCUAAAGAUUUAAUAAGUCUCUUAGACAGCGUUAUGUUUACUCACCAACCCACCUGGGAUGAUUGUCAGCAGCUCCUCCGAAUCCUGUUCACCACCGAGGAGCGAGAACGAAUUCAAUUGGAGGCAAGAAAGCUGGUUCCUGGAGAUGACGGCCAACCCACUGCUAACCUUGAUCUCAUUAACGCAGCUUUUCCCUUGACCCGACCCCCACAGGAUGGCUGGGACUACAACACGGCAGAAGGUAGGGGACGGCUGCGCAUUUAUCGCCAGACUCUAAUGGCGGGUCUCCGGGCUGCUGCACGCAAGCCCACUAAUUUGGCAAAAGUGUAUUCAAUAAUACAAGGUAAGACAGAGAGCCCUGCCGCUUAUUUAGAAAGAUUAAUGGAAACCUUCAGACAGUAUACCCCCAUGAACCCCGAGGCCCCCGAAAAUCAAGCUGCUGUUGUAAUGGCCUUUGUAAAUCAAGCAGCCACUGAUAUUAAAAAGAAACUCCAGAAGCUAGAGGACCUGGAGGGAAAACAGAUUCAGGACUUACUCCGCAUUGCCCAGCGUGUCUAUAAUAAUAGAGAGACUCCAGAGGACAGGCAACUUAAAGCCACCGAGAAAAUGACCAAAGUCCUGGCUACUGUUGUCCAAAAGCCCCUGGAUAAACACCAGCCCCUAGAUAAGGACCAAUGCGCCUAUUGCAAAGAAAAAGGCCACUGGGCUCGAGAAUGCCCUAAAAAGAAAAAGCCACAUCAUGGUCAAAAACCGUGGCCGCCAAAAACCACACCCGCCCUCUUCACUCAAGAUGCAGAAUAGGGGGGACGGGGUUCGGAUCCCCUCCCCGAACCUAUAACGCUACAAGUGGAGGGGAACCCAGUUCAAUUCUUAGUCGACACAGGGGCACAACAUUCGGUCUUGAUCA